AUGUUACGUGUUAAAACAAAUCCUCCCUUCAACGGUAAAGCCUCAGGUUCAUUUGGCGCACUGCUUUUGGGGUUGCUUAUGGUAUGGCCCUCAUAUACAUUAGAGCUGUUUAAAGACAGCCAUACAACGUUACUUACGGCGCCAAUGACAGAUGUAGAGAGCUCCUUACUAGGCAGCCUCCCUCCUCUUGGAGCCAUGGUCGGAACUGCUCUAACUGGUGUUGUGAUUGAAUAA